UAGGUAUUUAAAUUAAUUAUCAUAGCCAUGGAGAACAUUGACUAGUAUAUUAUAUUUUGGAGAAUUAGAUUUAAUAACAAUCUUAAGAUUAUUCUUUUUGUAAAAUAAAUUGUAAAUCUAUUUAGUUAAUCUAUCUCAUCAUCAUUAGAAUAACAUACUUUUCCAGGUUUUGCAAAUUACUUAUAUUAUUUGUUAUUGAAUUUUAUAACAAUUACUUCAAUAGGACUUUUGUUAAAUGAGCAUUCUCUAACUGAAUAUUUUGUAGAAGCACUUAUGUAUGUUUGGGGAAGACAAAAUUAAGAAAGACCAUUAUUAUGUAAAAAUAAACCUUAAAUAUUAAGUUAUGUUCAUAAUACCUAUCAAAGCAUAAUAUAUGGUCUGGUUUUUCAUAUUGAUCAAUAUUAUAACAGGUAGAUCUAUAUAAUCUAAUUUAAUUGGUGCAUUUAUUGGUCAUACAUAUUAUUACUUUGCCUAUAUAGUUCCUAAAUUACCUUACUUUAAAGGAAUACACCUUUUAAGUACUCCUAAAUUUUUGUAAUUAUUACAAAUCAUAUUAUUAUUUAGAGUUAAAUUGUGUAGAAAUUUAAAUAGAUAAAAUAUUAUAAAUUAAGAAGAAGGUUAACCAUUUAUAUUUUGA